AUCUUUCAGGAGCCAAGUUAUAACAUACGAGUGACUGAAGCUGGCCUCUUGUUUGUCCAAAGAGUCCAUGUCUGUGAAAUGGCUAUUCCGAAAGUCUUCACAUGAGAGUUAGAGCUGAAAAUCUGCAAUAUUAUUUCACCUUAUGUAUGGUGGUUGUAUGUCAAGUGAGCCACCAGGGAGCAGCCUCUCUAAUCUUGAGAAGAUGGAUGUACCCCCUUUUUUCAAGAGCAAAAAUCCCUUUCCCCUCGAAGGCAGCCUGAAGGUUAGAGUUGAUAGAAAGAGCCUGCCGUCUCACAAAGCCAUGGUGUCUGCAAUGAAGGCAAGAAUGCCUUUGAUCUACCAAAGACAAGUUUGCCACACCGAGUGGUACUAUGCACACUACCAGAAGCAAUGUCUGAAGAAUAUAGCUGAAACUCUUCACUUUACCAAAGAUGUUUUUGCAAACCAGCCAUCUGCUCUGUCUUAUAAGGAAUAUGGUUCCAGGAUUCUAUAUGAUGUUUCCAGUAUCCUUCAUAAGCCCAAAAGUGAAGACACUAUUGUUAAGAAACAAAGGCAACCAAGAAGGCUGAAACCAUUGAAAAGACAGCCUCGCCUGGUCAACUUAGAUGUUGCUCCUGCCAAACAAACCACUACACAUUUUCCUGUCUUCUUGGAAGAGUGCAUCUACAAAGCAGAGGCAGAAUGUGCACUUUUAGAAAAGCACCUAAUGGUACCUAUUCCCUCACCUUCCCCUCCUCCUCCUUGUGAGCCUCCGUACACACAGGCAUUCCUGACUGGACCUCAGGAAAUGUUAGGUGAUGUGAUUACCAAAAACUGGUCAAAAGCAACAUUCCAGGGCAAUCCAAUCCAUGAGCCAGAACAUGAGGACUUGGGCUGGGAAGAGAGACUGUUGACAAAGUUAAGUAGGGCUACAGCUCAGUGGAUUGUAAAUAAUCAGCCAUCCUGGGGAGGAUGGGUUCAGGGUAAGCUACGAGACUUCAAGAGACAAAAAUAUGACUGGAAUAGCAUCAGAUAUGUCCUUCCUCUUGAAGAAGAUGUGGAGCUGCUGGAUGAAAUUGUGGCAGAAGAAGCUGCCACAGAUGGCCGGGUUAUAAGACCUAAGGGGAAGAAGAGAGAGACACCUCUCCUUGCCUAUUAUGGGGCACCAUAUUUCCACCCAGGAAUGUUCUGCGCAGAUGACCUAACUGCUAACAACAAAACAGCAGAAACAAUAUCAAAGAGGAGUCUCAAGCUGGCACCUCCUGUUAAACGCCGUGGACGACUGAACUCUCGGGUUGGGAAGCAUUCAUACAUCACUCAGAAUGUCUUUGAACAAGAGCUCUAUUUUGGUUCAGCCAACAUUGUCCAUCAAGAGACAAAGAAGGAUCGUUUAAUUAUGGAUAAUCAUGAUGAAUUUUACAAGCACCUCGAACAAUGCUAUCCAAGAGCUCCUGAACUCUGGAGCUUCAGACCACCUAAAAAGAGAAUUCAAAGAGUGCAGAAGGGAGCCAUCCACUGGACAGCACUUCCCACUAUAAUAGAACAUUUUUCCCAACUGGGAGAAGCACAACCCCUUGUACCAUCUGGGAGAAAAAGAGAUCUGUGCAUGAAGCCUGAAGAAGAUGUGACUGAGGAUACUCAUAUCCGCAGGACAAUGCUGGAACAAUGGAAGAUUGCUUGGAAAUUUGAUCCUCGGUGGCAGUCCGCAACUAUAGAAGGCUUAAUCAGAGAUCUUACAGAUGUGCAUGUUCAGAAUCGGAUCAAUGCUAUAUUGACCUGUGCAUCUGCUGUGAUUGAGCGGCCCCAAGUUGUCCAAGCUCCAAGUCAGGACUCAGUAAUUGGAAUAGAAGCUGAUACAAAGAGUGUAAAAACUGAGGAUUUACCAAAGAGCAUAUGGUGUUUGCUUAAAAAUACUCUGCAUGACGAGGAUGCACAUGUGAGAAUGGCAGCUGCUGUGUGCUUCUAUGCCAUAGGAGAAUGGCAUAAAGAGGCACAUGCCAUCAUGAACAAUGCUCUGAUAAAUGGUAAUGCAGCAGACAGCUGGGCAGCAGCUAACGCCCUGGCCCUGGAGGGCAUAACUAGUUUACAAGUAGUAAAGAGGAUUAUAUGUCAGAUUUUUGAUCAAAAAGAUCCUACCGCAGAAGAUCAGGCUUGCCUUUUAUUGUCUCGACUCAGCAAACAUACAAGCUUGGUUCAUUGUUUACUGGCAUCUGAACUGAACAGCUAUCAAUGGAAACAUCGGGUUUUGGCUUGUAAAACAUUAUCUCGUAUUCCUGGGAGUGUCAGCCAGGAUCUCAAGAACAAAAUUGUCCAGCUGAUGUGGACAGACUGGAAGUUUGAUGUACGCCAGGCUGCUGCCAAGGCUUUGGGCCAUUUGGAACUUGGGAAGGAGGUUCAUGAUCAGCUUAGGGAGUGGCUGAAGAGAGGAGAUUGCCGGAUGAGAGUAGAAGCUCUUUCAUUGAUAGGCUGGCUGCAGCUCAUGACAGCCAGGCUGCUCCCUGGCUUUCUCCAGUGCUUCUCUAAUGACUUUGUAGCAGUCCGAAAAGAAGCCUGCUGUGCAGCAGGUGCACUAAGGAUUAAAGAAGAGACGGUUCUUAAAUGCCUUUUUAAGAUAAUGCAGACUGACCCCCUCUGGAAGAUCAAGGCUCUAGCCAUCAGAGCUCUUGGUCAGAUAGGUGAGGCAAGCCCCUACCUGAAAGAACUUCUGCUCUGGGCGCUUCAUUAUGAAGAAGAUCCUGGAGUACGAAGGGAAGCUUGCCGAAGUAUCAUCACCCUCAAGAUGGAGGAUGAAACCGUUCGGGCUGCAUUACUGGAAAGAAUGAUACUGGAACCAAAUGAACUAGUCAAAGAGGAAGUGAAUCGUGCUAUAAUCACUUUCAAGUUUCAGCAGGAAGAGAAACAUGAAAUGAUCCAGAAGAUCAAGGACAAGAUUGCCUCAUUAAGCCAAAAACACUUGGUGACUGAGAAAGUUCUGAAACUUCAAGAGAUAACAAGGAACACAUGGCAAGAAGCCCAUCGCAUCUAUCGUGAAAAGGGAGACAUCUUCGCAUACAGAGAGAUUCGAGAUAUCUUCCUUGCUAUCGUUCAAACUACAUUCACUGAUGAAACUCGCUGUCCCAGCAGGUCAUUCUCAAAGCUUUGGAUGGGUGUUUUAAAUUUACUACCUUGGCUGGGAAUCCCACCAAACCCAUGGACACAAAGAGCUUUCUUAGAAGCAAUGGAAGUAUACAAUGCUGAGAGGAAGAAUCUGCCAAGAAGCCCAAAACACCCACAGGGAAACAGAAAGAAUCCAGCGUCCUCAAGGAGAGUGAGGAAACGCUGCCCAGUAUCUAUUUUUGUGCCAUGACUGACUACUUUGUUUACUUAGCUGACCCUUUUACUGUGGGAAAGAAGAUACAAAUAUUUUGACUAGUCUUCUAAGGUUGUGUACAUGCAGUACCUUCUCAGAGGCCUGGAGAAGGAAUCAUAAAGCUAUUCUUGCUUGUAGUAUACUUGCCAGUUUUUGUCUCCCCCACCCCAUGUUGUGCAGGUAUGUGAGACACUGUGCUUCGAGCUAUAUAAAGGGAGAGCAGAAAAAAGAUGCAAAACACAUCCCAUUGUAGCAAUGGUGAUAAUACUUCUGUGAUUGAUGUGCAUCCAUCAUGGGCACCUGCAUUCAUCUCUGGAUUUUGCCACUAUUUGCUGGUGUCGGGGAAAAAAAACAUUUCUUCUGACAGAUGUUACACCAGGGCAUGGUGUGUGUUGUUUUACUUGAUAAAAAGAAUGUGAUACAUUUGUUUUCUCUAUACCAUUCAGGAGAAUUGUAAAGCUUCUGGCUGGUUUUUCCCAAUGACCCGAUGUAUACUCUUAAUAAUAUGUGGAGUAAAAUGCUUAAAGAAUUUCCACACUAGCAUACUUCUGACUAAAUAUAUAUUUGUUUUUCUCUUGCACAUAUAAACACUGCUGUUACAGCUGUAACAAAUUUGUUCUGCCUGCUGUCCUUUGCUGCUGGAAAUUAGAGAUCAGUUUUACAUUGAAAGAUGGGUCCUUUUUGUUGUAUGGUACAGGCAUACUAAAAAUUGUAAGUAAAAAGCUGACACUAUUGUAGUUAGCAUGGCAUUCUUAUUUUUCAACCAAAAAGGGGGGGAAAGCCAUGUGGUCCUUGUACACAAUCCAAAGGCAAGGGUAGGUGAGACCUUUACUAGA